CUAUUUAUUCAGUGGACUCGAGCAGCUACAAGCAGAUCGCGCAGAGCUCGAACGCGGUCUCCAUCGACAUGGACCUGCUGCAGGUGGGCUCGGAGCCGGUGGGCGUCCGCUGCCCGCACUGUCAGGAAGACAUCAUGACGCGGGCCUCCUACCGGAACAACACCACCACGCAUCUCGUCGCCGUCAUACUGGGGAUAUUCUUUUGGUGGUUAUGUUGCUGCGUGGUCCCGUAUGUAACGAAGAGGUGGAAGGACGUACACCACAGCUGCCCCAGCUGCCGGAAAUACUUAGGGGUUUAUACUCGGAAGACAAUCUUAUAAAAAGUCUAGUCAGUGAGUUAACUAUAUCGGUACUGCGAACCUGCGUACCUACUAGUACUGAAAAGUACUGUGAAUGUAAAUCCGAAUACACCAUACAAUUAAUACGGCAAGAGUACUCAGAGAAUGAGUAGGUAGUGCUAGUGAAAUGAAUACACAUUACCUACUCCUUUUCCCGAAAAAUGAGGCUUAAUACUUUUCUGUUCGACAUUGACGACUGAGGUGAUGUAAAUAAGACUAACAAGCAAAACGUUACAUUUUUUUUUAGCCCGA